GAUAGAGAUAUUUUGUUCCUGUGGUGUUCCGUAUCCCCCUUUCUUCAGGCAGACGGCAGAGUGCUGCUGAGCAAAGCAGUGAGGCAGGAGCGCCUUACACACACAAGAGGCAAAGCAACUCCUCCAAGAAGAGGAAAAGGAGAGUUUGUGCACAAAGUGAAUCGUGAGAGCGCAGGAGCCGCUUUUUUUUCUUCUCACGUUCUGGAAACGGGAGAGCACUAGCCUGAGCGCUCGCGUCUCAAAGCGUGCGAGAUCAUGCCUGCGAGAGGAGGACACUCUGUAGGCAGACUGGUGGAGGUGUGUAUCCGGAUACUGCUGCUGUGCAAGGCUGCCACAGCGUGCCCUGCGCUCUGCACUUGCAGCGGCACCACAGUGGACUGCCACGGGCUGGGGCUCAAAACCAUGCCCAGGAACAUACCCCGAAACACAGAAAGGCUGGAAUUGAAUGGAAACAACCUCACACGCAUCAACAGAAAUGACUUUUCUGGACUCAAGUAUCUUCGAGUUUUGCAGCUGAUGGAGAACCAGAUUGGGACAGUGGAGCGCGGCGCGUUUGAUGACAUGAGAGAGCUGGAGAGACUACGUCUGAACAGAAACCAGCUUCACCAGCUUCCAGAGCUUCUGUUCCAGAAGAACGCGGCUCUGUCCAGACUAGACUUGAGUGAGAACUUCAUCCAGGCGAUUCCCCGAAAGGCCUUCAGAGGAGCUACGGACAUCAAGAACCUGCAGUUAGACAAGAAUCACAUCAGCUGCAUCGAGGACGGAGCUUUCCGUGCGUUACGUGGACUUGAAGUUUUAACCCUGAACAGCAACAACAUCAGCAGCAUCCCAGUGUCCAGCUUCAACCACAUGCCCAAGCUCAGGACCUUCCGUUUACAUUCCAACAACCUGAACUGCGACUGCAAUCUGGCCUGGUUGUCCCAGUGGUUGCGCGAGCGGCCGACCAUCGGUCUGUUCACCCAGUGCAGCGCUCCGGCUCCGAUACGAGGACUUAAUGUAGCCGAGGUCCAGAAACAUGAAUUCAGCUGUUCAGGUCAGUCUGAAGACGCUGCUGUUCAGUCGUGUAGUUUCACCGCCGGCUCGUGUCCGGCCGUCUGCACCUGCAAUAAUAAUAUUGUGGACUGCAGAGGGAAAGGACUGACGGCGAUACCGGCAAACCUGCCCGACAGCAUGGCAGAGAUACGACUGGAACAGAACAGCAUCAAAUCCAUCCCUCCUGGAGCGUUUUCUCCUUAUAAGAAACUGCGCAGAAUAGAUCUCAGCAACAACCAGAUUUCUGAGAUCGCUCCUGAUGCCUUCCAGGGCCUGCGCUCCCUAAACUCACUGGUUCUGUACGGCAACAAGAUCACUGAUCUGCCCACAGGAGUGUUCGAUGGACUCUACACCCUCCAGCUGCUCCUUUUGAAUGCAAACAAGAUCCACUGUCUUCGCGCCAACACCUUUCAGGACCUGCAGAAUCUCUCGCUGCUUUCUUUAUAUGACAAUAAAAUCCAAACGCUGGCCAAGGGCACCUUCACCUCGCUGCGCACCAUCCAGACCCUUCAUUUGGCUCAGAAUCCCUUCAUCUGUGACUGUAAUCUGAAGUGGCUGGCUGAUUACCUGCGCUCCAACCCCAUCGAGACCAGCGGCGCCCGCUGCACCAGCCCUCGCCGGCUCGCCAACAAACGCAUCGGCCAGAUCAAGAGCAAGAAGUUCCGCUGCUCCGCCAAAGAGCAGUAUGUCAUCCCAGGGACGGAGGACGCCAGGCUGAGCUAUGACUGUAAUAAUGACCCAGUCUGUCCAGCCAAAUGCCGCUGCGAGUCGAAUGUAGUGGACUGCUCCAAUCUACGGCUGAACCGCAUCCCUGAACACAUCCCAGCAUCCACCACUGAACUGCGUCUCAACAAUAACGAGAUCACGAUGAUAGAGGCCACAGGGGUUUUCAAGACGCUUUCUCACCUGAAGAAAAUAAACCUGAGCAACAAUAAGAUCUCAGAGAUCGAGGACGGGGCAUUUGAGGGGGCGACUUCGGUCAAUGAGCUGCACCUGACGGCAAACCAGCUGGAUUCAGCGCACAGCGGGAUGUUCAGAGGGCUGGAUGGCCUGCGCAUGCUAAUGCUGCGCAACAAUCGCAUCAGCUGCAUUCACAACAACAGUUUCACAGGAUUGCACAACGUCCGUCUGCUGUCGCUCUACGACAACACGCUGACCACCAUCACACCCGGAGCCUUCGACACGCUGCAAAGCCUCUCAACCCUAAACCUGCUGGCCAACCCAUUCAACUGUAACUGCCAUCUGGCAUGGCUGAGCAGCUGGCUGAGGAACCGUAAGAUAGUCACGGGAAACCCGCGCUGUCAGCGGCCGGCGUUCCUCAAAGAGAUUCCCCUGCAGGAUGUAGCAUUACCAGACUUCCGCUGCCAAGAGGAUCAAGAAGAAGCGAGCUGCACGCCGCCCGUCCAGUGUCCCACCGAGUGCACUUGUCUGGAGACCAUGGUCCGCUGUAGCAACAAACACCUGCACGUCUUACCCAAAGGAAUCCCGCGCAACGUCACUGAGCUGUACCUGGAUGGAAACCAGUUCAGUGUGGUGCCGAAGGAGCUGUCCAACUUCAAAAGCCUGCAGCUAGUAGACCUGAGUAACAACAAAAUCAGCUCGUUGACCAACUCUUCGUUUGCCAACAUGAGUCAGCUGACGACCCUGAUCCUGAGCUAUAACGCUCUUCGCUGUAUCCCGACUCUGGCCUUUGGAGGUCUUCGGUCUCUCCGCUUGCUGUCUCUGCAUGGUAAUGAUAUCUCAGAGCUGCCUGACGGGAUCUUCAACGACGCUGCAUCGCUGUCACAUCUAGCGAUUGGUGCAAACCCUUUGCACUGUGACUGCCGCCUGCGCUGGCUCUCUGACUGGGUGAAAACUGGCUACAAGGAGCCUGGCAUCGCACGCUGUGUUGGACCGCACGGCAUGGAGGGGAAAUUACUGCUCACCACCCCUGCCAAGAGGUUCGAAUGUCAAGGUGAAGUGGACACUGCUAUACUAGCGAAGUGUAACCCGUGCAUGUCUAAGCCCUGUCUGAACCACGGCAGCUGCGAGGCCGAUCAGACGGACGGCUACAGGUGUCGCUGUUCAGAGGGUUUUAAGGGCAAGAACUGUGAGACAGCGCUCAACGCUUGUGUCAGUGAGCCCUGUAAGAACGGAGGAGCAUGCCACAUGUCCGGAGAAGAGGAUGAAGACUUUAGCUGUUCAUGUGCUGCAGGCUUUGAAGGUCCCACAUGUGACACUGACAUAGACGAGUGUAAAGACAACGACUGUCAGAACGGAGCAACCUGCAUAGAUGGGAUCAACAAUUACACGUGUUUAUGUGCCCCUUUUUACACAGGGGAGAUGUGUGAGGAUAUGGAGGACAUGUGUGCUUCUACUCGCAGUCCCUGCAAGCACCAGUCCACCUGCUUCAUCACAGUCACUGGCCCAAAGUGUAUAUGCGCACCUGGUUAUGUGGGUGACGACUGCAGUGUGAACUAUGACGACUGUAAGGAGCACAGGUGUCAGAAUGGGGCACAGUGUGUGGACGAGGUUAAUAGAUACUCCUGCGUUUGCCCCAAGGGCUACAGUGGACAGCUUUGUGAAGUCCUAUCUACUCCGCGCUCCCUCUGCGACCUGGCUGACUGUCAAAACAAUGCCCCCUGUGUGGAGCGGGGGGGCCAUGCACUGUGUCAGUGCCUGGAAGGGUUCGGUGGACCACGCUGUGAAAAGUUGGUCAGCGUCAACUUUGUGGACCGAGACUCCUACCUGCUACUGAGUGACCUGCAGAACUGGCCUCAGGCUAACAUCACGCUACAGGUGUCCACAGCAGAAGACAAUGGCAUUCUUCUGUACAAUGGGGACAACGACCACAUUGCUGUGGAGCUUCAUGAAGGUCAUGUUAAAUUCAGCUAUGACCCUGGCAGCCAACCAAGUCAUGCAAUCUACAGUACUGAGACCAUCAAUGAUGGUCAGUUCCACACUGUAGAACUGGUGACCUUUGACCAGAUGGUGAACCUUUCAAUAGAUGGUGGUAUCCCAACAACCAUGGACAACUUUGGUAAAGUGCAGCCCUUGAGAGGAGAAGCUCCACUAUAUGUGGGAGGCAUGCCGGUCAGUGUCCACCCCACAGCUCCCCGCGUCUGGCAGAUCCAAAACAGCUCCAGUUUUCAUGGCUGUAUUCAGAACCUUUACAUCAAUAAUGAGCUGCAAGACUUUACCAAAACCCAGAUGAAACCUGGUGUGGUGCCCGGAUGUGAGCCCUGCCGAAAGAUAUACUGCCUCCAUGGCAUUUGCCAGCCCAACACCGCCACGGGCCCUGUAUGCCACUGCCAGCCCGGAUGGAGUGGGCAACACUGUGACCAGCCUUCGGCGAACCCCUGCCUGGGCAGCAAGUGUGUCCACGGGAGAUGUAUUCCAAUGGACACGCAGUCGUACCGCUGUGAGUGCCAGGAGGGUUUUCAUGGAGCCCUGUGCAACCAGCAGGAAGAGCUCUUCAAUCCAUGCAGAAAGCUUCAAUGCAAACAUGGCCACUGUCAGUUAUCUGACACAGGAGAUGCCUACUGUCAUUGCGAGAUGGGCUACAGUGGAGAGUUAUGUGACAAGGAGUCUGAGUGCCACGGGGAGCCAGUGCGGGACUUCUAUCAGGUCCAGCGCGGUUACGCCAUCUGUCAGACCACACGCAUGGUGUCUUGGGUGGAGUGCAGCGGUUCCUGCGACACCGGCUCCUGCUGCGCCAGUCAAAGGAUGAAGCGCAGGAAAUACACUUUCGAGUGCAGCGAUGGCGCAUCCUUCAGCGAGGAGGUUGAAAAGACCAUCAAGUGUGGCUGUGUGGGGUGCAUGUAGAACACAACCACUAGCAUCACCGCCUCAUCACAGUCUGACAGAUCCGCAGAAAGAGCCAUCACAAAAAGUCAACAGAAAUAGAUAUCUUUCAUUGGGUAUACAGAGACAUACCACCACUCUAACCCCCCACCCUUUUAUAUUUCCACCACAGCCUGAAAUUUCAACCCCAUUUUGUCCUUUCGUGAGGUCUCAGAAUGGUAAAUUAACAGCAACUCUGCUGAGAGGAAAGGCGAGCGAGGUGGCCCCUAGCUUGUUUCAGCCCAAAAGCAGGACACCUAUUAGAAGAAAAUGAUGGUCUUUUUGACUCUCUCUGCAGUGCAGGACGUGUAUUUGAGCACAUAAGACUCUGUAAUGGUGAUGAAAGGAACAUUCACAUUUCCACCAUGCCUGAAAAAAAACUAUAUGUAUGAUAUAUCUGUGUGGAAGAAUACAUCCUCGGAGACAUGCUGGUAAAAUAGAACGUGUGAAACCAGAUAUGCACGGAACGACAUGCUGUCUUACCAGAUAUUUCCAAUCAUUUUGUGUUAUGGGUGGCACACGGGACUCUUCCAUGUGUCCCUGCCCCAAUUCCACUGCAAAUAUGGCAUCCUUAAUAAACUAGACGGGGGCCAAAAAUACCCAACAGCCUUCCAUGUGAACGUGUGAAGAGCACUGCGACGCUCCUGGUGCCAUAACAUAGUUACGUUGUUGGAGGGGAGCUUCUUUACAAUAUUUCCACUUUUGAUAGAUCGAGAAGAAAAGGAAAGUCAAG